CGUGCCCUCGCAUUUGGUGUCACAAUUGCAGUGACAGACAACGUUCGGCCGCGAACUAUUGUAGGGCCUGUCGACGUGCUUGAACGUAGAGCGUCUCUCUAUGAAGAGCGUGUUCGUGUUUAUCUUUGGAGCGAUGUUGGAAACGAGCAGAUGCAAAAGAGACAUAGGCGCUACAUGUCUUCUGAUCGACAGUAGACGAGAACGUGCCAAUGCCGCCACAAGCCACAAAAUAGCCCGAAAUGGACGUCGCCUACUCACAUCAAAGCUGCACCAUGCGUACUUCACCUCGCUCGCAAUCUCUCUCCACCGACCGUGCAGGCAUGGCGCAAGAUGCUUCUGGAAAGCCACGCUCUUCUUCACUAGACCCCGCGGGCGCUGCACAGGUUGCAGCACUGCGGGGGAUCCUCAAAGACCCUGCACCGCGCUCUCAACACCGGACUGCCUCGCCGGUUCGAGGCAUCCUUAAGAAGCCGUCACUGCUCCCCGACGCUUUCACCCCUGCUUCUAUCGACACUACGCACCACGAUACUGCUCCACCUCAUCGCAAUGGGACUCCGCGACAGCGGCCUCCCUCCGAUGCCGACGGGGAGUACACUCGCAGCCCGCACAGGCGCGCUACCUCCGUUUCCACGCGCAAAUCCUCCCUAUCGUCGCAGUCAGAGAGACCCUCGACGAUGAAGUCCAAUCUCAGUGGUGCACCUGCAAAGAAGGGUGGUGU